AUGAAGGAAGAGAUUGCAGCUACAGUGUUCUUUGUGGCCAGACUGGCGAAAAAACAUGGUAAGCUGGACCACUCACGCAGAGAGAAGUUUGCAGUGGCUUUUACCUCAGUCCUGUUUGAUAACUACAAAAACCACUGGUACCCUGAGAAACCAUGUAAAGGACAAGCCUUCCGGUGUCUGAGGAUGAACAAAUCCCAGGUGACCGACCCUGUAAUUGAGAGUGCUUGCAAACAGAGUGAUGUUAAGUAUGAAGACCUGGGCUUGCCUAAGGAGAUAACCAUUUGGGUGGAUCCUGGAGAAGUGUCAUGCAGGUAUGGUGAGAAGACCACACCGUUUUGUGUGACCCUCCUACAGGGUCAAAAGGGCGACAGUGAGUUCUCACGCAGGGUCAACAAUGCUGUGGAGCGUGCCUCCUCGGACUACUACUCCGGCACCUCGUCGGAUGAGGAAAGUGCCAACAGCAGCAUGAUCAGCAGCGUUAGUGGCAGUAGUGGAAGUAGCUGCAGUAGCGGUGCAGCACCAGAACCCAAAUGUAUUCCGACUGUGUCCAACCCCAACAGUGUGUAUCAGUUCAGCGAGUUUGCUCCGCCACAAUCCAUACAGUCCUGGGCUCCUUAUCCCAAAAGAAAACCUUACGCUGGGGAAGGUUACCAGCAGCAUUCCAACGGGCCACACCCUCCACACAACGGCUUCAAAAACUACAGACCCUCCUACGCCUUCUCUGGUCCUCGUGUGGACAAGUACCACUGGGUUAGCAAGAACCGCUCAUAAGAACCUUUGUGUUUGAGAUGUUUAAGUGUUUAAAAAUUAUUUAUGAAAGUCUAAUGCAGA